AUGAAAGAACGUCGAAGGCUUGAUUCAAGCACGAACGAACCUUCAAGUAGUAGAGGUUCUCAGGGUCAACAUAGAUCACGUAACCCGAAUUAUUCUGCAGAAUCUUAUCAUCCCUAUGAUAGAAAUCAACGUAAUAAUAAUCGCCACAGGAACAAUGAUAAGAGAGAUGGUAAUAACAGUCAUCAUGAGAAUCGGAACCAUAACAGACCACAGGAAGGCUCUUCUCAAAAUGAUCGCUCUCGAAACAAUUACAACAAUUCUACUUACAAUAAUAGCAAUUACAAUACAAACAAUUCAAGAGGCAAUGAUUCAAGAAAUUAUCAAGGCAGUGGUAAGAAGAAUGAAGACAAACUCGUAGAAAAUCAAUCUUUAAAUGGAAAAUGGCAGAAACUGAAAGAAAUUGCCGAAAAACCUUCACAACUUUAUGAUUUUAACAACAAAAUUGAUGUUGUGUAUGAUAUUAAUGGAGUUCUAAUUAUUGGACAAGAACGUCUUUUAACAUUAAGGCUUCGCGCUAAUGAUGCUGAGACAAGUAUCACUCCCUACACUCAUAAUUCACCCUUAUUGGAAAUACUUCACAGAGACGCGAAUGUUUAUAUCAUGUGCCAUAACCAUUUCUAUUGCUACGAACUAAAUAUCAGCAACGUUAGUUUAACUUGUAAAUACAAAUCAAAGGAGCUUGAGAGACUAGUUCAUAUGGAAUGGUAUUCUGAUAAUGAAAUUCUAAUAUGUGACAUCCAAGGAGGAAUUUUCAUCUUUAAUACAACCAUGAAUGUCAUGGAUGAAUGUGUAUCUGGAAAUCUUGGUCUCCCAUACGGUUUGUGUUGGUUCUCUGUUUGUAGAGAACGAAACUGGCUAUUCGCAUCUGGAAGGAAUACCGAUUUAGAGAUGGGUUCUCUCAGUUCAAUGAAAAUGCAACGUGACACACCAACUUCAACCUUCGAGAGAGGUGGAGGUAAACAAGAAGAGGUGAAAUGCUGUACUUUGUGGGAGAUUGGUGCAUUGCAGUGGGCUACAAUACCAAAAAAAUUGGUUUAUUUACAGUCAUUCAACCCAAGUCUGGAAAUGAUCACACUCUCAAACUUUCCAAGUUUCAAAUUAUUGACCCAGCCACAGAGUACUCUCAUUUGUUAG